AUGUCGCUAUGCUAUUUCACUCUAUUGCAGACCAUCGCCAAGGACUACUGGUGCGCACGCCCAGACAAUGCACCCGAUAUGGAUGUGUCACUUUGGAAAAGUCUCAGCCAGCCAGCCGGUCCGUGUUCAAUACUAAAUCUUAAUUACUCUCAGCUACCCGAGCUUCCUACAUCCGACGUGCCGGCGCAACUAAUUAGCUGCAAAAGCUUUGAAUUCUCCAGCGAGGAUGGCAGCGCACGUUCGGCUAUUGAGGAAUUCGGCUUGGUUUGCGGCCGCCAGCAGCUGGUUAGCGUUGUCGAAAUGUGCUUCUUGGCUGGUGCGGCAGUGGGGAGCGUUUCGAGCGGAUGGAUUUCAGAUCGUUUCGGACGCAAACACACUCUAAUGAUAUUUGCGUUGGUGCAAAUUGUUGGAGGUACCUUACAAGCUUACUCAGUGAACCUGGCCAUGUACAUGACGAUGCGUACUCUGACCGGCUUCGCAUCGAUGACAGUGACUGUGGUGAGUUUCGUACUCGUUGUGGAGCUGGUCUCGGGCAAGUGGCGUACCAUCACUGGUAUCUUGAAUAUUCUACCUGUGCCAAUUUCCUAUAUUCUUAUGGCUUGUAUAGCAUACUUCGUACGCGAUUGGCGACAUUUACAAUUGGCCAUUUCACUGCCAUGGAUAAGCCUAUUGACAAUUUGGUAUUGCAUGCCGGAAUCACCACGCUGGCUACUCGCACAAGGUCGCCUCAAUGAACUCUAUUCGCUAAUCGAACGCGCUGCACGGCUUAAUCACCGCACACUGCCUGUCAACUAUCAAAAAACAUUAGAAGCUGCUGCACCACCGCCACCACCAAGUGCCAGUACUAUUGGCGCGGUUAAACCUAGCGAUGCCGAAGCUAUUCCCACCACUCACGACAAUCCAUUGAAAGUGGUUUUUAAUCGAUUUUAUUGGCGCACAACUUGUCUGAAUUUGGUUGUUUGGUUGACUUUGAUUAUCGUCUAUUAUGGAUUGACAUUGCAUUUGAGCAAUUUGGGUGGUGAUAUCUACUUGAAUACGGUGAGUACAGUGGCAAGGGGUGGGUAA